GAGGGUGUCAGCUGAUCACUCCACCUGGUUAAUAUUAAAUGACGCUUGCAAGGAGAGGUGUUUGUUCAUAAACACAAAAAGCCGCUCCUCCUGUUUACUGAGGCCGUAACAGCAAUCACUUUUUCAACACGCCGCUGCUUUUUGAGCGUGAGCCGUCUCCUCAUCGCCCCUUUUUUCUCGUCCUGGGUUUCAUUUUGGCACAUCGAGAUGAGAUGAGUUUGGGUGAAGUCGGUGUUCUUUUGACGCAGUCGCCUGGAAAUAUUUGUGCUGGAAUGGCUGGCAGGCGUCAUCUUUUGCAGCGACGUAAAUCCGAGAAGUCCUGCGACAAUGAUUGCUAAUUGUCGGUCAUUUCUCAACUCACCACGGAUUUCUUCGAGCAGGUUUUUUUCUUUUUGUUUCCCCACUCUGUGAGUUGUCCGCCAUGUGUUUGGUGUAGGUCAGGCGACUUUUCCCAAGAAUCGGGAGCCAAAAUACAGCAAAACAUGGAUCUUCUUUCAAAAUCCUUGAGAAAGAUUCUGUUGUCGCACCUUUAGUACAGAUUGUUGUGUUGUCUAGACGAGCAACCAAGCUGAACCCAAAGAACUCGAAAGCCACCGACUCCCCUUUGUCCCCUCCUUUGUGUGUCCUUAUCUCACUCAAGAAUUGUGCUCUUGUUGUGUGCUUGUGUAAACAAGGAUUGUGUGAGAACUCGCUGAAUUGUAGCAGAUGGCCGCUGGGGCUCGACUGUCAUGAGCUUUCAGGAAAAACACAAGAUGGAGAAGGGUCAAAAGCGCAGCUGUGCAAGCCAAGCCUACCUUGAGUGGACUCCGGUCGUGCUCGAGAUGUAGAAUUCUGAGGGGCCGCGACCAGGAUUACAUUUUGACGGGGAAAGAAAGAAAAAAAAAACUUUUUGGGAGAGGAAGAAGCAGCAGCAAGGUGAAUGAGAGCCGGACGCUUUCCCUUAACCUUCAGCCUGUCGUCGCAGCCGGGAGACACAGUUUUGAAGUCAUGAUGCAAGAAUCUGGGACAGCGGCGACAAGUAAUGGCGCGUUUCAUCAAAAUGGAAGCGCCAGCGCAGAGAAGGAGCCCAAGGAAGGAGAAGGCAAGAAGAGCGCGACGCCCUCGGCGGAAGCGACUGCGGCCGACCUCGCGCAUCUCCAGCAGCGCCAGACUCUCCAGGUCGCUCGGCAGUUACUUCUGCAGCAGCGGUUUCAACAAAACACCGGCCGCAAAUCCCCCAAAGCAAACGACAAGGACCAAAGCCUGCAGGUUCCAGCGUCAGUGGCUAUGAUGACACCUCAAGUGAUAACUCCUCAGCAGAUGCAGCAGAUCCUUCAGCAGCAAGUCCUGAGCCCUCAGCAGCUCCAGGUUCUUCUCCAGCAGCAGCAGGCCCUCAUGUUACAGCAGCAGCAACUCCAGGAUUUCUACAAGAAGCAGCAGGAACAGCUCCACCUCCAGCUCCUCCAGCAGCAUGGAGGGAGCAAGCAGAAUAAAGAGCAGCAGGUGUCAGCGCAGCAGUUGGCCUUCCAGCAGCAGCUCCUCCAGGUCCAGCAGGUCCAGCAGCAACAUCUGCUCAAUCUUCAGCGCCAAGGGCUGCUCACCAUUCAGCCCGGACAAACGGGCCUGCCGCUGCAGUCGCUCGCGCACGGCAUGAUUCCUGCAGAGCUGCAACAGCUAUGGAAGGAGGUAACCACCGCUCAUGUGAAGGAGGAGCACAACGGCAGCAACAAUGGCCACCGGGGCCUCGAUCUCUCCUCCCCGGCGCCGCCAAAGAACCCUCUCCACAACCAGCACACCCCCACCAAUGGGCAGUACAUCAGUCAUAAGAGAGAAAUAUCCUCAGUCGAAGACUGCCACCCCCACAGUCACCCUCUCUAUGGUCACGGCGUUUGCAAGUGGCCGGGAUGUGAAGCCGUCUUUGAUGAUUUCCAUUCAUUCUUGAAGCAUCUUAACAAUGAGCACGCUUUGGAUGACAGGAGCACCGCCCAGUGUCGGGUGCAAAUGCAGGUCGUACAACAGCUGGAGCUGCAGCUAGCGAAAGACAAAGAGCGUCUUCAAGCAAUGAUGACACACCUUCACGUUAAAUCGACAGAGCCCAAAGCCACGCCACAGCCGCUCAACUUGGUGUCCAACAUUACAUUGUCAAAGUCCAACCCUCCCGAAGCCUCUCCUCCACUGAGCCUGCCCCAGACCCCGACCACACCCACGGCGCCGCUCACGCCCCUGUCACAGACUCACUCCGUCAUCACAGCCAACAACCUCCACAGCAUGGGCCCCAUGCGACGGCGUUACUCGGAAAAAUACAACAUGCCCAUCUCCCCAGAUCUCAGUCAGAACAAAGAAUUUUACAUGAACGCAGAUGUUAGACCGCCAUUCACGUACGCCUCAUUAAUAAGACAGGCGAUCCUCGAAUCUCCAGAAAAGCAGCUAACACUAAACGAAAUCUACAACUGGUUCACACGAAUGUUUGCAUACUUUCGCCGCAACGCGGCAACGUGGAAGAAUGCAGUCCGGCAUAAUCUUAGUCUACACAAGUGUUUUGUGCGAGUAGAAAACGUAAAAGGGGCUGUGUGGACAGUGGACGAAAUAGAGUUCCAAAAGAGACGGCCCCAAAAGAUCAGUGGAAGUCCGGCCUUGGUGAAGAAUAUUCAUACAAGCUUGGGCUACGGGCCGACCCUCUCCGCCGCAUUCCAGGCUUCGAUGGCAGAGAACAACAUACCUCUAUACACAACUGCUUCCAUUGGAAGUCCCACCUUCAACUCCUUGGCGAACGCCAUCCGUGAAGAGAUGAACGGAGCCAUGGACCACGGAAACAGCAACGGCAGCGACAGCAGCCCCGGACGCUCGCCGCUGCCAGCUAUGCACCACACCAGCAUCAAAGAGGAACCACUGGACCCCGAGGACCACGACGGACCGCUCUCCCUGGUUACGACCGUCAACCACAGUCCCGAUUUCGACCACCACAGAGAUUACGACGACGACGACGACGACCAGGGCCAUGACGACAUGCUGUGAAGUUUGGCGCAUCCGUCCGGGAGACAAACAAUGAACAGCAAAUCUCAGACGCCGAUGGCCACCGUCGCCAAGUAUCUUUUGAGUAGUGCCAUAUAAAAAAUAAAUAAAUAAAUAAAAAAAAACACAU